CGGGAGGGGCCAGGAGGUUGCACAAACCUUCCUGUGCGGGCCCCAGGCCGCCUGCUUCACCUCUCCUGGCCUCACCUCGCCGGGCCUCCCGGGGCUCUGCCUCCUCUCUGGCUGGCAUCUUCCUCGGCUGUGGAUCUAUGGUGGAGGCUGCUGGCCCCGGACACAACCCCGUCCUCAGCCGGCUGCUGAGUCAAACUCCAAGCUCCUCCCUUCCCUCCUGUAGUCACCGCCGAGCCGGGGAGAGCCGGGGGCUGCUGGCUGGCGUCCACCCCGCCCGAGACCCGAGAGGGGGACACACUGGGCCAUGAUCACGCAGCUGCACUUCCGAGAUGCCUUCUGGUGCAGGGACUUCACGGCGCACACGGGUUACGAGGUGCUGCUGCAGCGGCUGCUGGACGGCAGGAAGAUGUGCAAAGACGUGGAGGAGCUCCUGAGGCAGAGGGCGCAGGCGGAGGAGCGGUACGGGAAGGAGCUGGUGCAGAUCGCGCGGAAGGCGGGCGGCCACACGGAGAUCAACUCCCUCAGGGCUUCCUUUGAUGCACUGAAGCAGCAGACGGAGAACGUGGGCAGCGCCCACAUGCAGCUGGCGCUGGCCCUGCGCGAGGAGCUGCGGAGCCUGGAGGAGUUCCGGGAGCGGCAGAAGGAGCAGAGGAAGAAGUACGAGGCGGUCAUGGACCGUGUGCAGAAGAGCAAGCUGUCGCUCUACAAGAAGGCCAUGGAGUGCAAGAAGGCGUAUGAGCAGAAGUGUCGCGACGCGGACGACGCUGAGCAGGCCGCGGGCCGCCUGGGCGCCGGCGCCCCCCAGAAGCAGAUAGAGAAGAGCCAGAAUAAAGCCAAGCAGUGCAAAGACUCAGCAACUGAGGCAGAACGAGUGUACAGGCAGAGCAUCGAGCAGCUGGAGAGGCUGAGGGGCGAGUGGGAGCAGGAGCACCGGGCCACCUGCGAGGCCUUCCAGCUCCAGGAGUUUGACCGGCUGACCAUUCUCAGGAACGCCCUGUGGGUUCACUGCAACCAGCUCUCCAUGCAGUGCGUCAGAGAUGACGAGCUCUAUGAGGAGGUGCGGCUGACACUGGAGGGGUGCAGUGUGGACACAGACAUCAACAGCUUCAUCCAGGCCAAGAGCACGGGCACGGAGCCCCCGGCUCCAGUGCCAUACCAGAACUACUACGACCGGGAAGUCACCCCGCUGGCUGGCAGCCCGGGCGUGCCACUGGCCUGCGGCAUGAUCAAGAGGUUCUCCGGCCUGCUUCACGCAAGUCCCAAGACCACGUCCACGCAGGCCCACGCUGCCUCCACAGAGACCCUGGCCACCGCCCCAGGGUAUGACGAGGUCACGUACACAGCCAUCAGCGUGCAGGGCACACAGGGAAAUCACCAUCUGCCAGCCCGGGACUACCGCGCGCUCUACGACUACAAAGCCCAGAACUCCGACGAGCUGGACCUUUGUGCUGGUGAUGUCCUGGUGGUCGUCCUGGAAGGGGAGGACGGCUGGUGGACGGUGGAACGGAACGGGCAGCGUGGCUUUGUCCCUGGGUCCUACCUGGAGAAGCUGUGAAGGCAGCCGCGCCCACCAGGGCUGCCAGCGCUGCAGGGAAGCCCCUGCGGGGACCCCGCUCCCCCCCCAGCCUUGUCUCCUGGACAUGGGGCAGUGCUGGCUGCUCCCACAGGAAAUAAAGGAGUGUCCUCGCCCUCUGGUCUGCUCAGGAAAUAAAGGAGCGUCCUCGCUCUCUGGUCUGCUCA